AUGACUACAGCUCACAGACCCACAUUUGACCCGGCACAAGGAAAGGAGGCUCUCCGAGGCCCCGCCUACCACCAGCGACUACUCCCUGCACAUACACUCCUGAAAGUUCGGCAACCUGGACAAGGUGGCGAUGCCGAUAAUGAGGUCCGUGACUUGCGCGCUGAGCUGUUGAAGGCCGAGGCUGCGCACUUUGCCAAGAAGAAUGGUGUUCCCGUUGAAGAACCCACCACCGCAGAGCCAACUGCUCCAAAGCGCCAACUCGAAGCUGCUCCCACGGAUGCCGAUGGCGAAGCGGAGGAAGAUCCGGAGACCAAACGACGACGAAUUCUCGAAGAGACACGCGACAUAGAUGCCGAUUCCGACGGUUCAGAAGAGGACAGCAGCGAAGAGGAAGACAGUGAUGAUGAAGACGAGGCAGCCGAGUUAAUGCGCGAACUGGAGAAGAUCAAGAAGGAGCGACAGGCACAAAAAGAGAAAGAGGAACAAGAACGAGCUGCCGAAGAGCAAGAGCAGCGGGAGGUGGAUAUCGCCCGAGGCAAUCCCCUCCUCAAUGCGCAAGACUUCAACAUGAAGCGGCGCUGGGAUGAUGAUGUUGUGUUUAAGAACCAAGCCCGAGGCACAGAGAAGAAGGAAGGCAAGGAGUUUGUCAACGACUUGUUGCGUUCCGACUUCCACAAGAGAUUCAUGUCAAAAUAUGUCCGUUAA